UGGGAUAGGAGCAACUAGCCGAUAAGCAGCCGUAAUUCCCCUCCCGGCCAGCCGGUACCCUUUUGUCCAUCUCAGUCCGACGUCCGUGGGAGCUGCUCGAGUGCCAACACCCGGAAAGAAGCUGCCCCAGCCCGCCGUGGAAUGAGUUUUAUUAAGUGGAGAUCGAGCGUGAAGGGAAACGACAGCAACAAGAAUGUCAAGAAGACACAAACUGUCCCUGAUGGCCCGGACUCCCCGAGCGGGCUAUCAGUCAUAAAUACUCCCGCAUUGGAUCCUGUCAUCAAUGACUUCAGUUUGGCGUUACACAACAACAACAAAGAUGUCCAGGAAGAAGCGAACCCUUCCAACGGGUGCUCAAGGUCGGAUUUGUCGCUGGCUCUCAAGGACUGCAUGGCCGCCUUGGAUCUGUUCCUCCAGAAUGACUUUGAGGAAGCGCAGGCCCGCCUGAGACCCAGAAUUAAAGACAGCAUGUAUCAUGCCCUGACCUACGCCACCUUCCUAGAAAUGCAGGCCAUGAUGACCUUUGAACCCCAACACAUCCUGGAGGCAGGAGACACCAUGAAAGAGGCACAGGCUAUUUGUCAGCGGCACAGGAAGAAAUCCAGCUUCUCCAAGGGCUUUACAGAAGGUGUGUAUGUGUGUGUGUCUGUAUGUUUAACCAUAAAAAAUAAAAAAAAACUGACGCUUUUCACCGCAGACGAAAUACAUGCUGAAGUCUGUUAUGCCGAGUGUCUCCUGCAGAGGGCAGCGCUCACCUUCCUUCAGGAUGAAAAUAUGAUCAGCUUCAUCAAAGGAGGAAUCAAAGUGAGAAAUAGCUACCAAACGUACAAAGAGCUCCACAAAGUGCUGGAAUCCACCGCGUAUACUCACGGCGACAACCAUUUUCAUUUUGAGGGCGGAGUCAAAUUGGGAGUCGGGGCAUUUAAUCUGAUGAUCUCCAUGCUGCCUACACGAAUGCUCAAGCUGCUGGAAUUUGUGGGCUUCUCGGGUAAUAAGGAGUUCGGGCUCCAGCAGCUUCAGGAUGGCUGUGCAGAAAGCACAUUCAGGUCCUUCUUAUGUAACAUGCUCCUUCUCUGUUAUCACACCUUCAUGAGCUUUAUACUAGGCACCGGCGAAGGAGAUGUAGAAGAUGCAGAAAAACUGCUGGAGCCGUAUCUAAAGAAAUAUCCUAAGGGAUCAAUCUUCUUGUUCUUCGCUGGUCGAAUCGAGGAGAUCAAAGGCAAUUUGGAUGCCGCUAUUAAGCGUUUUGAGGAGUGCUGCGAGGCUCAGCAGCAGUGGAAGCAGUUCCAUCACAUGUGCUACUGGGAGCUGAUGUGGUGCUUCACUUAUCAGCGACAUUGGAAGAUGGCAUACUUCUACGCUGACUUGCUCAGCAAGGAGAACUCCUGGUCCAAGGCCACCUAUGCGUAUAUGAAAGCAGCCUACCUCAGCAUGCUGACAGAGGAUGAUUGUCUGACCUUCGGGGAGACUGCGCUCACUCUGUUCAGGCAGGUGCAAGGUCUGAAGCAGAAAAUUGCCGGCAAGUCCUUACCCACAGAGAAGUUUGCCAUCAGGAAAGCUCGUCGCUACCUCACAGAAAAUCACGUUCCUCUUCCUGUCCCUCCCCUGGAGAUGAUGUACAUUUGGAACGGCUAUACGAUCAUCGGCAAGCAAAAAGAACUGACCGAAAACAUGCUAAAGACACUGGAUGAGGCGCAGGCGAAACUUGAAAGCAUGGAAAGGUACGAGUUUUCAUUUGAUGACCAGUGUCUGCUCAGCUUGCUGAAGGGACUGUGUCUUAAGCACUUGGGACAUCACGAUGAGGCCGAACACUACUUUACGCUUGUUCUCUGCAAUGAGACCCAGAUCAAAUAUGACCACUACCUAGUCCCCAAUGCAAUGUUGGAGCACAGCUUGUUAUGUUUGGAGCAAGGUCGCAAUGACGAAGCUGUAAAACUGCUAGAAGCAGCAAAGCAAAAUUACAAAAACUACUCCAUGGAAUCUCGGACUCAGUUCCGUAUUCAAGCCGCCCUGCACAAAGCGAAGGGCGUGAGACAAAACGGAGUCUGCGUGCCCUCAAGCCCUUAAAGAAGGACACACCACAGCUGAGAUUCCACGUCUGCAUUCUCCCAAAAUGCACCACUCGGCUUUAGCCAGCCUUGUCACAGGGUUGGAAUGGUGUCUUCUUCACAAGGUUAUGGGGGAAGAGGAAUGGGUGAUAUUUUUGUAGUUUUUCUUUGCAUUUGUCUCCUUUACCGGUAACCACCGCUGAUGGCGUGCCAAUGUGGCACUUAUGGCGAUCAUCAAGUAUGUGGCACAUGCACUGGCUGACCUUAACUUCCUCGAUUGAUUGGAAGUCCAGACAUGUCCGGGCAUGUGCCUUAAAUAACAGCUGCUACUACUACUGAAAAAAAAACACAAAAAACAAAACAACAUUGGUCUAUGCAGGGUUGAGGUGGUGGUCUUAAUGGAGACAUGCUGUACAUAAGAAUUGGCCUUGUAAGAACCAUUUCCCUGUGUGUAUAAUGAAUCCAAAGUAUGGAAGUGUGGGGUUGGUUGUCACAGUUUUGGGUAUUUCAUUAAUAUCGUUCCAUCAUCAUGUCUCGGAUUAGUUAUUCAUUUAUUACAUAGAAGCUUAACAUUUUGAGUUGGAAAUCCUUUUCAUAUUUUAUUCAAUUUUAAUUUAUUAUCAUUCAAAGACAUCUUGACACUUAGUGACAACCAUUCACAUGUGGCGUUGGUUGUCAAUUUUUAUUUACUGUAAUUUUCGGACACUAAAUAAUAUCUGUUAUAAGCUUUCAUUAAUGCUCAGUGACAGUGUCGUGUCAUAAUUAUGACUGUCUUAUUGCGCCACUGUCAAAUAAAGUGUUACCAGAUACCAUAACAAGCAAUUAAUGAAACAACUGGAACAGUAACUGAAGAAAUAAUUAGCACAGAACAUAAAUUUUGAUUGUCGUUUACUUCUGUAGCAGUGCAGUGCAUGCUAGGAGGCAUGUGGGACGACAACAGUGUUGACAGCAGGAGGUUGACUGUCUCCCCUAAGAGAUCAGUAAUGGCCAAAUGAAGCUUCUUGAAGCAAUGAAGCUUCACAGCCAAUUGGUUCAAGGCUUCAUGGUGGUUCAUUUGCUCUUAUGACAGUCUUAUGGUGCCGCUGUCAAAUAAAGUGUUACCGGUUAAUAUCUUUUGGUGUAAAUAUCCCAUAAUAUAGUGAGGACGGCUGCGGCUUAUAGUUCAGUCGGGCCUAUCUGUGAACGAAUGCCGUUUUCAUGUCAAAUUUGGUGGGUGGCGCCUUAUAGUCCGAAAAUUACAGUAAAUAGGAUUUUUUUUUAAAGAUGCUGAAAAUCUCCAGAAUGAAUAUGAAUUAUUUUCCAUUAAAAAAAUUUUUAUUAAAUAAGGAACAUUAACACAAAAACAUUUAUUUACACGCUACCUUUGAAUUUGAACAUGUUGACAUAUGUUGCUAGAACACAACACAUCCAUGUUUCUAUUGUAUAAAACCUGAUCUCAUGUCACUCAGAAAUUCUUUCACUGAUAUUCAACUUAAAAUUUAAUUGAGUCCAGAAACAAACAGCAACAUCUUGUGUGUUAGCAGAGUGAUGACAGACUUCAGGUCUGCACACACUGCCUGCACGCUGUUUUCCGACUUGAAUUAUUCUUUAUUUUCUACAGUUUUUAACUGUAUUGAUACAAUGUACACAACUGAGAGCUGUUACAAAACAAUUCCACUGUGCCCUGUACAGUGACAAUAAAAAUAAUUUGAACUGCUGAUGUGUAACAACCAACCCUAUCUUUUUCGCUAAAAGCCUACCACUAAGCCUGUGCCGGUGUGGUAUUCUGACGAUAUGAUAACCUGAAGCCAAAAUAUCAGUUUCACAGUAUCACAGUAUUGCAAUUACAGCUCUAAAAUGUGUUACUUUGAAAGGUCUGGGUUAAAAAAAAAAAAAAAUUCUAAUGAACAGGAUUUUUUUCCAAAACAUUAGCAAAUUGGAACAUAAGUAUAAUGUUAAGUUAAAAUAAAAAAAUUAAAAAAUAACAAAAUAUUCAAAAUAAAUUUAAAAUAAAUGCAGGCCUUUAGGUGAGCCUAAACCAACAGGCACAGCUUACCACCAGAUCAAAAAUAAAUGAACUAUUUUCCAUAAAAAGCACGUGUGUAUGACUCGUACCAUGUUUACAUUACACACACACACACACACACACACACACACACACACACACACACACACACACACACACACACACACACACACACACACACUCUCUUUCUCAACACCGACAGUUGCCAGAGAGAAAAAAACACCACGUUUUACCACCGCUAGACACACUAAACAUGCUGGAGUUAACUCUCAUAGCUGGUGGGAAACGUUCAUGACAGUGUUUACUAACCUUUAAUUUUGUAACUGCAAAAUCAUGUUGGAGGUAUUACCUCCUCGGCAGCCUCCCUCCGCAAACGUGUUUACAUGUCGGUUGGCCCCUCCUCCUCUAAGCCGCGGCCGUCUGUAACUUUUCUGUAGCCUAAGUAUUCCCAUGCCAGUGAUUUUGUUUUCUUCGAUGGGGCAAAAAAGUUCAGGAGUUUCACCUCCUCCCACCAUGGUGUAGCACAGCUGACUCACUGACACUGAGCAAUAAUCGGUGGGGGAGGGUUGAGCGUUACAGCUGCAAGCGAGGGAUUUCUCCAUGCAAUUUUGGGACAUAAAAAAUGGCAACCUUAGGGAUGGUAUGGCGGGAAUUUUUUGCGGUUUUGAAACCUUGACGUUUUCAUACCAUGGUAUACCUUCAAACCGGUAAUCGGCACAUGUCUACUACCACCUUGCUAGAGAAUUCGAUUCUUUUCUCCUCAUGCCUUUAUUGUUAACACUGAAGAGAUGGAUGGGCUUUAAUAACUAGAAGCCCAUUGUGUAAAAACCCAUCAAGAAUAGCAAAGACCUUAAUUUUUUUUAAUUAAUCCUUAAAAAAUUACAGUAAUUGCCUCUUACCUCAAAGUGACAUGAUCCUCAGCAUUCAAGACAAUGUCACUAUUUUCUUUCCACAAUUCUAACAAUUGGACUAUUGAUAUUCUGCAACAUAACCCCUCUGGUGGUCGAGUAAUAGCAAUUGUAACAACCAACUCGUAUGACAACUAACCCUGUUCUUCCCUACUGUACUGUAUGUGUCACAUUCUAAUUGAACGAUAUACAUUUUUCUUAAAGCACCUAAAAUUUAUAACGCCGCCUACGACUACAAACAAAAAUUUUGGGGGUCAUUCAUACAAGUCUUGACUUUAGUACAAAUGCAUGCAUUUUAGGCAACCGUCACCUUACUAAAUGUUUCAGGUUCAUUUCUGUUGAUUUCUCAAUUACCGUAUUGGCCCGAAUAUAAGACAGCCCUGAUUAUAAGCCAACCCCAUCUUUUUCAAGACUCAAGUUUGAAAAAAGACUUUUUGAACACCAAAUUAAUUUUUAUACAGAAAAUAAUUACAGUACAUCCAAAACAAACGAUUAUAACAAUAUAUUUGAGUGAAAAAGCAUCUUAUUUUGCCUCAUUCAAAUCUUAAUAUCUGAACAUUUAAAUAUGUAAACUAAAGUGCAAUCACAUUCGUAAAUGAAUGGCAUAUGGUUUUUGAAAUGUAAAUAAACCAGUCUAUUGUGAUAAAACAACAAAAUUGCAAUAACUGCAUUAACCAUUAAAGUGAAGUCUAACUAACUGUAGUCUUGAAACAAAUCUGAAUAAGGAAAAACAUUGCCAUAAAAUAAUGCAAACUGGUUAAACUAAAAAGAGUAGCUGAGAUUUGUCAUGACAGAACAUCGCUUCAAUGAUAUCUGGCGCCGCCUAGCGUCAUGAAUGGGGAGAGUAGCUGAGCUCUGUCAUGACAGAACAUCGCUUCAAUGAUAUCUGGCGCCAUCUAGCGUCGUGAAUGGGUAUAAUGUCUAGACCGCGAAUAUAAGACGACCCCCUCUUUUUCAGUGUUAUUUCAAUGCAGAAAACACUGUCUUAUAUUCGGGCCAAUACGGUACUUCAGAUUCCAGAGUGCAAUUUCAUCAACUAUGGAAGGCACAUUUUCAUCUAAAUUGUCGUGUUUUAAGAUGGCAGAUGAAAAAAAACCAGCUCUCCUGCUUUGUGGGACACCCUCCAGCAGCACUUGAGCUUGAACAAAAAGGCUAUUCACUCAGAGCAGUGAGGGGACCGCGUGUUUGUCCGCCUUUUGCGUCAUUAACGCGGAAACGACAAGCGCUACAGUGUGAACCUCAACCUGCUGCUGCCCUAUAUCAGCUAUUAUUGAUUACAAUAACAUGUAGAGGGGCUAGAAACAAUUUUUAGUAGCACUAAUGUCAAAUGCUAAUCAUUUAUCUGAACAAAUACAUACGUUGUAGCGAAAGAGUAGAAAUGUUAAUAUGACGGGAUGGCAUGAAGGGCCGGGCCCCAGCAACAGAUGGUUGAAAACCUGGAAACUCAAGAUGGUGUUUCACGUUAGAACUGCUCAUUUAUUCAUGUUGAGAGGGAGAUUCGGUGUUCAUGAUGGUGAUGAGAAGUCAGUUUAAAUGUUCAUUAAAUGUUUCUCAUGUUUAGUUUUCCAAUAACAACUUUUUUUUUUUUUUGAUUGUCUAAAAAGCAUCUGAAACUAUGUUGAAUUUUCCCUUUAGUUUUCACCUGGACAUUUAAACAUGAAACUUUGUGGCAUUGUGAUAUUUGCAUUCUGCAAAUAAGAAUGGGCAAGGCAUAAUGACAUUCCUGUAUAUACUGAAUGUUUUUAUUGUAAUUUAAAAUGGAAUUAUGAGAAAAUCUAUUA